GAUAUUUUUAGUUCCAUGGAGCAAGCAGUGCCUGAAUGUUUCCUUCUGUGAUUCAGAUCUCUGAAGGACUUCAGAGCUAAAGCAACAGCAGGCUGACACAGGCAGUGGUGGAAGUCUUCCCUCUCAGUAGUGGAAGUCUUCCUUCUCAGUGGAGAAGAAAACCAGGUAAGACUUCUCCCCUUCUUACAGAUGCAGGGUACUAGACUCAGAAGAGAGACCCAGAAGCCCACAGUCAAGGAACCCCAGUGGAAAUGGAAUCAGAAUUCCCUUUGUGCCUCAUUGAGAAUGAGAAAGGACAACUGAGAGUCAAUCAGGAGUCCCUGGAGACCCUGUCAGCCAUCAACCAGCCUGUAGUGGUGGUGCCGAGCAUGGACCUCUACUGCACAGGCAAAUCCUACCUGAUGAACAACCUGACUUGGAAGAGAACAGGCUUCUCCCAGGGCUCCACUGUGCAGCCUUACACCAUGGGGAUAUGGAUGUGGUGUGUGCCUCAUCCCCAGAAGCCAGACCACACCCUAGUUCUGCUUGACAUCGAGGGAGAUGUGGAGAAAGCAAGUGAUGUAUUCCAGAACUUCCUGAAGUCACAGAGCACUAUGGAAGAGUCCAUCUGUAAGUCAGGGAAAGCCCUCACUGAAAGUCACAAAGCUCUGGAAGUCAAGAAGGUCAAGAAGGAGGUGGCUGAGAAGGAAGUGGAGAUAACUAGACAGAAGCAGAAGGAGAUUGAGGAAAAGAUAGAAGAUCUAAUGAGAAUCAUCCAAGAAUUCAUUGCCCAGAUGCAGGAGAAGAAGGAUAUGGAAAGGGAGAACCUUCUGAGAGAUCAGAUCAAGCUAAAGGAAGUUCAUGGAAGACGUGAAAUAGAACGAAGAAAAGAGAUCCAAGCCAUGAAUCAGAACUCUGCUUCAGGGUUCCUUGAUGGAGCAGUAGGUUUUUUCCGUGAUCUACUACUGAACGUAGUCAGCUCACAGGUUAAAAGGGCACUGAGGAAACUGUGAUGUACUUCAGUAAGCCAGAAUCCUCCAUGGCCUCUGCAUCAGUUUCUGCCUCUAGAUUCCUGCCCUCCGUUUCUGCCCUGACUUUCCUCAUUAAUGGAGUAUGGCCUGAGAGUUACAAUAUGAAAUAAAUAAUUCUCUCCUCA